CUUGGGGCACGGGAGCCUACAGCGCUCCCGUGUUCGUGCUAGACGCGUGCUCAUGUCUACCGUGCUCAGGUAGAAGCAUCGCUUUGCCACCACAUCCGUUGUACUAGUUGGUACCCAAGCUCAGGCCCACUUCCACCACCUCUCGCCGCCAUGGCCCGCGCGGCAGUUCCGCCAGUCCUUUGUUUUUGUUUCGGCCCCUUCCCCAAUAAGCCUUUUACGUGUUCGGCACGAGUGUGUUUGUCUUGCUCUCCGUGUUCAGCUAACUCGUAUUCGUUGAGACGAGCGACGAGGCAAAACAAGUACGGCAUCGAGAACCUCAAGGACCUCAAGGAGAAGCUGCCAGCCGACGAGGCGCAGAAGAUCUUCAGGGCCAUAGAGAGCUUCUCGGCGGCACCGUCGAGCUCGUCCGCCAAGGGCCCUGCGCGCCCCGCCGCGGUGACCACGGACGCGGAGGGCCGCGCGCGCUUCCAGGUCAGCAAGGCCGCGUCGGGCAAGGGCAAGAAGGGCCCAGAGGCGGCGGCAGCGGCGCCCGCGUCCGCGCCCACGGAGGCCAAGGAGGGCGUGGUCACCACGGACGCCGAGGGCCGCGCGCGCUUCCGGGCCGCCGAGGCC